AUGGCCAGCGAGGGAGCUUUGGCGGACUGCCCAGGGGAGCACACAGCUGCAGACCACCCCACUCACACUGAACAGGACCAGGGGGACACCGARUCUUCGGACAAGAAAAUGCAUCAGACGGCCCAGCAGAUGCUGCAGGACAGCAAGACCAAGAUUGACAUCAUCCGCAUGCAGAUCCGCAAGGCCAUACAGGCCACUGAGCAGACUGAAGAUAUCCAGGGUAAAUAUCAGUAUGAUACUCUCACUUCUACUCAAACAUCACAUAUCAUCUCUCUCUCUCUUUCUCUCUCUCUCCUAGGUACGCUGCAGGUGCGUCUGCUGGGCUGUGUGGGGGUGUUGGAGGUAGUCCCGGGGCGCAGUAGAGGAAACCCGGUGGUCUUGCCGUGCUACAGCCCAGGGGACGGACGCUCCUUCAAACUCAGUGGUCUCUACAGCCGCAGCACCAGCAGCAUGAGCCUCAGGAUCCCCAGCAAGACCGACGAACUCUCCUCGGAGGUGAGUGCGGUGUUGAAACUGGAGAACACAGUGGUGGGACAGACGUGCUGGAAGACAGUGGGAGAGCAGGCCUGGGACCAGACCUUCACUGUAGAACUGGAAAGAUCCAGGGAGAUGGAGAUAGCAGUGUACUGGAGGGACUACCGCUCCCUGUGUGCUCUCAAGUACCUGAAGCUGGAGGACUUCCUGGACAACCAGAGACACAAAGUUCAACUGGAGCUGGAGCCUCAGGGCCUGCUGCUGGCUGAGGUAAUGUUCUUCAACCCAGUCAUAGAGAGAGGCCGAAGACUGCAGAGACAAAAGGUUUUCUCCAAACAGCAUGGUAAAUCGUCCUGCGUGCUUCAUCAGAUGAAUGUUGAACAUCGCCACCGUGGGGAGAUCUCAGUGGAGAAGCUGACUCUGGAGAGCGACUCUUCCUCCCGAGACCUGAGAUCAGGAGGACAAAGGCUGUUGACUAGAAACAGUGGUUCAGUCAUCUUGGACUUACUAGCCAAGAUGGUAUGGUCAGUGGGGCUGGGGGAUUACUGGAUUAGUUACUCUGGUGUUUUUAGAGAACUAAUUAACAGUAACGAGGGAACGAGGAAGAGAGGAGAGGAGAGGGGAUUGAGCAGCCAGCCAGCCAGCCAGCCAGCAGGGAACUGGCUACUAAUAAUGAUGUGUGACAAAAUUACUGUUGCCUUGUCUGUCUGUUUUUCCUUCUCCCUCUCUCACCUUCUCCCUCGUUCUCUCUAUCUAUCCCUCUCCCCUCUUUAUAUGUCUCUCUCUCUGUCUCUCUUUUUCUCUCACUCUCAGGAACAGCCUGUGAUCGAGCCCUUGUCCCCUCCGGACCUCACCCAAGGGCGGCCAACCAGAACCCUAUCCACGAGUUCCUUGCGCAGACAGAGCAAAGGCCCUCUGUGUCUGCAGGACUUCAAGCUGAUCGCUGUGCUGGGCAGGGGACACUUUGGCAAAGUGUUGUUGUCGGAGUACAAGAGGACAGGCAGUGUGUACGCUAUCAAAGCCCUGAAGAAGGGAGACAUUGUGUCGCGGGAUGAAGUGGACAGUCUGAUGUGUGAGAAGCGUAUUUUUGAGACGGUGAACAGCUCCCACCAUCCCUUCCUGGUCAACCUGUUUGCAUGUUUCCAGACCCCAGAACACGUGUGCUUCGUCAUGGAGUACACGGCUGGGGGUGACCUCAUGAUGCACAUCCACGCAGACGUCUUUACAGAGCCCCGAGCCGUGUUCUACGCAGCCUGUGUGGUUUUGGGCCUGCAGUUUCUUCAUGACCAUAAGAUUGUGUACCGGGACCUUAAACUGGAUAACUUGUUGCUGGAUACACAGGGCUAUGUGAAGAUCGCAGACUUCGGGCUCUGCAAAGAGGGUAUGGGCUAUGGGGACAGGACCAGUACUUUCUGUGGUACUCCUGAGUUCCUGGCUCCAGAGGUUCUGACAGACACCUCCUACACCAGGGCAGUGGACUGGUGGGGUCUGGGAGUACUGGUGUAUGAGAUGCUGGUGGGAGAGUCUCCAUUCCCAGGUGAUGAUGAAGAGGAGGUGUUUGACAGCAUAGUGAAUGACGAGGUGCGCUACUCUCGCUCCCUCUCCACAGAGGCCAUCGGCAUCAUGAGACGGUUGUUGAGGAGGAACCCGGAGCGGCGUCUAGGCUCUGGUGAGAAAGAUGCUGAUGACGUCAAGAAACAGCCUUUCUUUAGGGGUGUGGACUGGGAAGCGCUGCUGCAGAGGCGGCUCCCGCCCCCGUUCGUCCCCAACAUCAGGGGGAGGGAGGACGUCAGCAACUUUGACGAGGAGUUCACCGCCGAGACCCCCGCCCUCACGCCGCCCCGCGAACGCCGCACCCUCUCCCGCAAGGACCAGGACUGCUUCAAAGACUUUGACUACGUCUCUGACCUCUGCUAAGGGUCAAGGUCAGACUCUCCCUUUAGACUGUGAGAGGAGCUGACGAGGGACUCUGCACUGCGAGRGGGAUGUUACCAGGAGAGGCUUUCUGCUGUCCUGUCUGAACUGUGAAGAGGCAGAAUAAAGUUACGGGAGGAUGUGAAUGCGUGCUGCGGAGAUACAUUGUCAGUCUACUGACCUCUAAUGGAUUUCUGGAGGGCCUUUUAUAGGAUGAUACAUGAAGAUAAUCCGGGAUGAUGUAACGCUCUGUGGAUGAGUGCUGGGGCACAGUGUCUGUGCAGCAUAGCAACACUGGAACUGAGUGAAGUUUAUUUCCCUAUAGAAAUGAAUGGAGCCCAAGAUGAAAAGGAUAUUCUCUGUAGAAGACAAUACAGUUGGUGCAGGGAUCAUCAGAUAUGAUUACACCUUAAAAUUGACCUCUCUCUAUUGCCUCUUUGCCUGCUAUCUCUCCUCUCCCUUUAUCGUUUGAGGCUGAUUACUGUUUCUGUGUGUAUGACGAAUGUCAAGGGAUGCUAGUGAGGAUGAUGAGGGUGGAAGGUCGAGGUGUUUUUCUGUGUUUGUGCUGGGUCCUCGCCAUGUCAUGUUACCCAUCGUCUUCAGAUGGGAUACUCCUCUACUCUCCCCGCUCGGUACGUCAGUGAGUUUUAUCCUCAAUCAUUUAGAAUUAUUUUUCGAAUUGUUUUGUGUGAUUUUAGUUUCAUUCUGGUGUUUGAUUUGUCAAUCAUGCCGAUGUUAUGUCUGGAAUUGUGACUUAGUAAAAAUGUGAACCCAAUGGACUGACUCACAGCUUUGCGACUCUUCAGCCCAAUUACCAUUCAGCCAGCUACAUUAGCAGGAAUUCUUUGAAUUUAUUUUUAAAUUUUUGUGAUAUAUAACCUACAACAUGAGUACAGUAGUGUAUAUUGUUUAUGGAUUGUCUCACACAAUCCAAACUAAUAUAACUAAAUUUGUUUGUCA